AGCUAUAAAAGCUGAAUUGCUAAAAACAGAACUCAUUCUACAUCUUUUCUCAUCCAAUUCAAAACCUCUCAAGCUAACAAUGAAGUUAUCUCUUAUCCUGAUCGCCCUGCUUAAUGCAUUCUUGUGCAUUUCAGCUAUGUCGGAAUCAGAACAAGAUAUAUGCGAUCUACCAAAAUCUCGGGGGUUGUGCAGAGGUAUGAGCAUGCAGUACUUCUUCAAUACCAAGACACAAAAUUGUGAGGAAUUCAUUUAUGGAGGAUGCUUUGGAAAUGGAAAUCGAUUUGAAUCACUGGAGGAGUGUCAAGAGAUUUGUAUGUCAGAAUAAAGGAAUUUCAAGGGUUGGUUGUUAUAAUCACCAAGUGAAAUUCCAUGCUUUUUGCUGA